CUAGACAACUUCUUAGACAACAGUCUCCACCCUAGUGGAAGACAGGGUUACCCCAGGAGGAAGGUGGGGAAAAGGGGCCCGUGGGGGGAGGUAAUUUAUCAUCCAAAGGCCUCCGUCUGUCUGUCUGGCUAGAUGGGCCCCCGCGCGGCCCCCGGUCGCCCGGGCAGCAGCGGCGGCGGCGGAGGAGCUCGCACCCCGGCCCCGGCGGGCCCCGGCAGAGAAGCCCGCACAGGUCCCAGGAAGGUGGCGUCAGCAUCUGCAGCCGCGUCGACGUUGUCGGAGCCUCCGCGGAGGACCCAGGAGAGUCGGGCUAGGACCAGGGCCCCGGGCCUCCCCACGCUCCCUAUGGAGAAGCCAGCUGCCUCAACGGAAUCCCAAGGGCCUCGGCCCGCCUUGGGCCGCGAAAGUGUCCAGGUGCCCGAUGACCAGGACUUUCGCAGCUUCCGGUCAGAGUGUGAGGCCGAGGUGGGCUGGAACCUGACCUACAGCAAGGCCGGCGUGGCUGUGUGGGUGCAGGCUGUGGAGAUGGAUCGGACUCUGCACAAGAUCAAGUGCAGGAUGGAGUGCUGUGAUGUGCCAGCUGAGACGCUCUACGAUGUCCUGCACGACAUAGAAUACCGAAAGAAGUGGGACAGUAACGUCAUCGAGACUUUCGACAUCGCCCGCUUGACUGUCAACGCUGACGUAGGAUAUUACUCUUGGAGGUGUCCCAAGCCCCUGAAGAACCGUGAUGUCAUCACCCUCCGUUCCUGGCUCCCCAUGGGCGCCGAUUACAUCAUUAUGAACUACUCAGUGAAACAUCCUAAAUACCCACCUCGGAAAGACCUGGUCAGAGCUGUAUCCAUCCAGACGGGCUACCUCAUUCAGAGCACAGGGCCCAAGAGCUGCGUCAUUACCUACCUGGCCCAAGUGGAUCCCAAAGGCUCCUUACCCAAGUGGGUGGUGAAUAAGUCAUCUCAGUUCCUGGCUCCCAAGGCCAUGAAGAAGAUGUACAAGGCCUGCAUCAAGUACCCCGAGUGGAAGCAGAAGCACCAGCCACACUUUAAGCCCUGGCUGCACCCGGAGCAGAGCCCACUGCCCAGCUUGGCGCUGUCGGAGCUGUCAGUGCAACAUGCAGACUCCCUGGAGAACAUCGAUGAGAGUGCGGUGACAGAGAGCCGCGAGGAGCGGGCAGGUGGUGCAGGAGGAGAGGGCAGCGAUGAUGACACCUCACUCACCUGAGCACAGCCUCUCUGCAAGGACCAAGACAGGACUGGGGCCGAGCCCUGGGGCACUGAGCCUUCUGCACUUCCUCCCUCCCCAUCUGCCUUCUGGGGGCACUGGGCUUCUGCUCAGGUGGCUGCAGCCUAGCUGGACAUGGCCCCAAUAAAUGAACCACACAGCCCCA